AUGGGAACCCUUGUCUCUGAAUCCAUCGAUAUGGAGGAGGGAGUUGAAGGUACCAAGAAGCAGGACCCGCAGCCUCAGAAGCUAGACGCUGGAGCCCUCUUUGUCCUGCGAUCUGAAGGUGAGGCCGACUCCCUCGACUCUCUUCCUCCACCUCCUUCGGAGCUGCGACGAGAUGUCAAGCCCCAGAGAGAGCAAGUCCCCCUGGGAUGAGAAAUGAGGUUCUGCGGGAAGAUCCGUCGUCUGUAGUUGCCGUUAAAGAUACAAAGUUUCCGCUCACCCCACUGAACUCUCGCGUCCCGAUUAAAUUGUUUCUACCAAAUUGACAGCUUCUCUCUCACUCGCGCAGGGACAUGGCUGCACAGCGGAUACCACCUGACGACGUCCAUCGUGGCGCCGGCGCUCCUUAGCUUGCCCUUCGCCUUCGGCUCGCUGGGUUGGGUGGCUGGCGUCGUCUGCCUGACGGUGGGGGCAACCGUGACCUUCUACUCCUACACCUUGCUCACCCUGGUACUGGAGCACCACUCCCGGCACGGCCGCCGCCACCUCCGCUUCAGGGACUUGGCGCACGACGUCCUCGGUACGUACAGGUGGAUUCGCAUCUCACCCACGAUCUAUGAGUUCGUCAACACGAAGAGUCUCGGCCCGUCAGAUUCCCAUGUUUACCGACGGACGACGUGUCCCAAAGUGUGGUCCACGAGAUGGAGAGGAUUGUUCCCGUGGAUCGCGCUAUGUUGGCACCCCAUUCGCAGGUUCUCCUUUGGCGGGGUGGGGCGAGGCGGAGAAAUGGGCUGCAUCUAUAUCUGCGCGAAAGGCCCUGCCUAAAUCAGCUCUUCUCACAUGCAUUGCAGGGCCCAGGGCGAGCAAGUACUACAUCGGCCCCAUCCAGUUCCUCGUCUGCUACGGCGCCGUCAUCGCCAACAUCCUCCUCGGCGGACAAAGCCUCCAGGUUCGCUUCUCUCGGGAGAGGAAUAAAAGGAUGAACCUAACUACAGUUUACGCUUGCCAAAUUUGAGACUAUUGACUUCUUCCCGGUCGCCACCUCAUCCAUCCUCUCCCUCUGCACGCAGUCCAUCUACUUGAUGGCCCGGUCGGACGGGAACGGCGGGGGCUCGACGAUGAAGCUCUACGAGUCCGUGGCGAUCUUCGGGAUCGUCAUGCUGGUGCUAGCGCAGAUGCCCUCCUUCCACUCCCUUCGGCACAUCAAUCUCAUCUCUCUCGUCCUCUGCCUUGCCUACAGUGCCUGCGCCACCGCGGGCUCAAUCUACGCAGGUGAAGAAUCGCCAAUGCGCGUCCACUCUGUUGGAGGAGAGAUGCCUGCCUCGUAUGAUAAAGAAAACUCUCUCUUGUCCUUUAUUGGAUUCAGGUUAUUCGUCCCACGCACCGGCGAAGGACUACUCCCGACCGGGCAACGGCGAAGCCCGCCUGUUCAGAGCUUUCAAUGCGGUUGCCGUCAUCGCCACCUCCUACGGCAAUGGCAUCAUCCCGGAGAUACAGGUUAAUUCAACGCCCCCCCCUUUCCCCCCCCCCCCCCCCCCGGCCAUAUCUAUUUCCCUGUAUUUCGAUCGAUCUUCCGUUUCUUUCUUUUAUUUUUCUUUCCCCUGUCCUUAACUCCUCCCUGCAUGCGAUAGGCAACGGUGGCUCCUCCUGUCACCGGGAAGAUGUUCAAAGGCCUGUGCCUCUGCUACUCGAUCGUCGUCACCACCUUCUUCAGUGUCGCCACCUCAGGCUACUGGGCCUUUGGGAAGCAGUCCGAGGGCAGCAUCCUCAGCAACUUCCUCCCCGACGAUGGCAGGACUACUUUGGUGCCGAGGUGGUUGCUUCUUAUGGCCAACGCCUUCACACUCCUCCAACUCUCGGCUGUUGCAGUGGUAAAUCCUCUCUCUCUCUCUCUCUCUCUCUCUCUCUCUCUCUCUCUCUCCCUCGAUGGGCAUUCCACGACUCGCAUCGGCUGAUGCAGGUUUACUUGCAACCGACGAAUGAGGUGCUGGAAGGUGUGUUAUCUGAUCCGGAGAGGAAUCAGUACUCCACGCGCAACGUGGUGCCGAGGUUGAUCUCACGGUCGAUCUCUGUCGCGAUCGCCACGACCAUUGCGGCAAUGCUGCCCUUCUUUGGAGACAUCAACGGUGUCAUCGGAGCGUUCGGAUUCCUCCCUCUCGACUUUGUCAUCCCCUCUGUCAUGUACAACCUCACUUUCAGGCCGCCGAAGAGGGGCGCCACCUUCUGGGUGAACACCGCCAUCGCCUCGGUGUUCUCUCUCGUGGCGGUCGUGGCCUCGGUGGCGGCUGUCAGGCAAAUAGCCCUCGACGCCGAGGACUAUCGUCUGUUCGCCGAGGUUUGA